CGCAAUCCAAACACCUCUUGUACCUUUCACAACAAACCCAGGUUCUUCCAUACAUUUCUAUCAUCCUUCAAAUUCAUUGUUUGUAGAUUUCAAGCCCCACAACAACAUGAAAUUAAAACAAGAACGACCCUCUAGGUAUGUUCCGUCUAGAUCACCAACUCCAUCUCCAUCCCCAUCGCCAUCUCCAUCUCCAUCCCCACCUCCAUCCCCAGUUAGGCAUCCAUCUAGGGUUUGGUCUCCACCUCCAGCUCCACCUCUACCACCAAUUCUCAAUGAUACUGACCGCGCUUUAAUAGCAUCCAGGAUGGUUGAAGUCUCUUGUCCCUUCUCUUGUUCCUCCCUGGGUGGUACCACUUCGGUCAUUGCUAGCAGAAACAGGAAGAGAAAGGCUGAUGAUACCACUAUAUGCAAUAUCCCCACUUCAUUAUUGCAUAAUAUAUUUCUUUUGAUACCAGCCCUGACCCUUCGGAGUAUGACCAAACUUGUCUGUAAAGAAUGGAAUUACAUAAUCUCUAACUCAAACUUUGUCAAGGAUCACUCUACUCGUAAUGCAAGUGGAGGGUUUCUGGUUCAAAAGUGUGUACAUGGUAAAACUUCACAGUCCUAUUUGGUUGAGAUCCGUGAUGACACUAAUGCGGUAACCAUCCAUCCAACAAACCUAGUGUUUGAAACCGUUAUUGCCACUUCUGGAGGUUUUCUAUAUGUGAAAGAAAGUAGAGGAACUUCAAAAUUGUCAAUUAUGGAAGCUGUAAGUGGAAAAAAGCUGAACCUACCACCUUCACCACAACCAAGAGCAUGGCUUCUGUUUUCUGGUUUCGCACAGGAUCGAAGUACUGGAAUAUACAAGGUUGUGCGCUUAUAUACUGUCGCUAGUGAUAAUUUUUGUUUUGUCUUAUCACUUGGUGUCGAACAUCAGUGGAGACCUAUAGAUGUUCGGUCUUUUUACUGCAAAUCCUUCAAGACAAUGACAAUCUGUGCUGGAAGAUAUGUUUACUGCGCAACAAGGUCAGGCUCUUGUUACUUUGACAUCAUUACCUUCGACGCAGAAACUGAAUCAAUAUAUUACUUCCCUACAACAUAUGUAAAGAUUGGUUAUGACUACACUUUGCUUCGGAUGGAAGAUUCCCUGUCAUUAAUGUCUUGCAACAGAAAUUACAAAUGGAAAGUGUGGAGAUUCAAUAUCUCUAAUCCUCAUGUUUGGGAAAGGAUUUAUAAGAUUGAUUUGUCAGAGCAAAGACUUUUGAUUGAGAGAGAACUUUCAAAAGGCGAUGUCUUCAUUAAACCAAUAGCCUGGUUGAGGAAUGGUGAGUUGAUCCUUUUUCGCCUGACUUAUCCAUCCCAGUGCUGCAUCGCUUAUGAUGUGGGGAAAGGGGAUUCAUUUUGGUUUGAGUUUCCAGAUGAUGGGGAUACCGGAAAAACGGUAUACUUUAAUAUCAGUGAAAUAUUUUCCCUCAACAAGCCUUAAGUCUGUCCCCCCCAUCUCACUUGAUAGCCUCAAUGAAAUCAUUUUAUUGGUGAAAAACAUUUGUGUACUAUUGAUGCUGGUAGUGUCCAAGCUAGUUAUUGUUCCUUAAUCUCUUAAUCAAGUAUGAUAGGAGAGCUACUUUCCAAAGUGUGAUUUCUAUGUAAUGCCUGGAGUUUUACUUUAUUGUGUGUACCAAGCUUUUCUUUUUCCAUGUUUUACAAGUUAUGAUUAGAGCUAAAGUAUUGUCGUUUUAACUUUAGCUCUAAUCAUUGUUCCACUUCUUAUGGUGAUCGAUAGGUUUAGUUUUUGCUAUUCCUUAUUAGCUUGGGCUUUGAUGAAAAGAAAUCUCUUG